AUGAAGACCACUCUCUUCUCCACAGCCCUCGUACCCCUUCUUGCAGCCUCAGCCUCUGCAGCAUCAGCCUCUGGAGCAAGUGAUGUAAGCUGUCGGACUGAACUUGGCACUAAAUCAGUCGCCAGCGUAAAGACCGAUACAGUCACAAAGACCAGCAGUGUUGGCCCAACCACUACCAUAACGGUUACCCCAACUGAGACCAAGACGGUCCCUCGCUGGUCCACAGUCACAAAGUUCUCCACAAAGACGUUUACUGUCACCGGCCAGGGCGACACCGACACCUUGAGCGUCACAAGUACCUUCUUCAAGGUUGCUACUGUUACCGUUACUGCCACCGCUACUACCACCACCACCAAGACAGGCACAGUGUCGUCAACGUCGACUACUCAGAUUGCAACCACUGCAGGAUUCAAGUCUAUCGCAGAUACCGUCAACUCUGAGGAGUUCGUCGCUCAGAGGCGCAUGUUCGCCAGGAACCCUCAUUCUCCUCCCUUUGCCAAGCCUGGUAUUAAGGCUUUCACUUUCCCAGCCAAGGUUCACUGCACCAAGCUUCUCCCCAAUACUACAACCAAUACCGUCAGAAAGACUGGCAACCCAAUUACAGUUUCCGUCAUGCAGACUACCACAACUACCAAGGAAAUCCCAAUCACUACUACCAUCGUUCCAGAUGAUGUCUCUGUGACCAAGGUCUCCACUCUCACCAUGAGUGUCACUACAUACUCUACCACAUGGAAGACCACCACAAAGUCUGCCACCGCGACCAAGACCAAAGUUCUCUCCGGGCCUACCGAAUACGCCGCCUGUUCAGAAGGCAACAUGUUCGGCCCCAACUUCAACAGCGGAGGCACCCAAUAUUUCGUCACUAACGUCCUCAACAACGGCCCUGGGAUCAACUCCGACUUCCAGAUCGUGGCCAAUGGUGCGAGCACUGCCGAGGAGUGUUGUGGCUACUGUAUGCAGUUUGGCAGCUGCGAGACAUACAUCUUCCGCGCAAGGGGACGAAACUGCUUCCUGCUCUACCACGCUGGUGCGACUUGCAAAAGCCAGGCCAAUCACCCAAACUACUUUAUGUCCAAGAAGGGCGCUGACGAUGGUACUGGUUAUGUUGUUGGUAAUGGUAUGUGUGGUUAUACAUACAGCGGGAACAGCGAUGGCUCUGUAUUUAGUGUGGAUGUUUAA